GAAGGGAGGGAGGGAAAGGGAGAAAAGCGAAAAGCGAAGGAGCCCAGCGACGGGACCGGCUGGCUGGGCGCUCGCCGGCGGCACCCAGCGCCGCGAUGGAGGAAGCUUCUCCGUAUUCUUUACUUGAUAUCUGUUUGAAUUUCCUGACUGCCAACCUAGAGAAGUUCUGCACAGAAAGGCAAGAUGGGACAUUUUGCUUGCAGGAGCCAGGAAUGUUCCCUCAGGAAGUGGCUGAUCGACUGCUGCAGACGAUGGCAUUUCAUGGGCUGCUGAACGAUGGGACCGUGGGCAUCUUCCGAGGCAACCAGAUGCGCCUGAAGCGCGCAUGUAUCCGCAAAGCCAAAAUCUCAGCCGUGGCUUUCCGCAAAGCCUUCUGCCAUCACAAGCUGGUGGAGCUGGAUGCCACGGGGGUGAAUGCAGAUAUAACCAUCACAGACAUUAUCAGUGGACUGGGCAGCAAUAAGUGGAUCCAGCAGAAUCUGCAGUGCCUGGUGCUGAACUCACUGACUCUUUCUCUGGAAGACCCCUACGAGAGGUGUUUCAGUCAGCUGUCUGGGCUGCGCGCCUUGAGCAUCACCAACGUGCUGUUCUACAACGAGGACUUGGCAGAUGUUGCUUCACUUCCCAGGUUGGAAAGUCUGGAUAUAUCCAACACCUCCGUCACUGACAUAACAGCACUCCUCACCUGCAAAGACCGGCUCAAGUCUUUGACCAUGCACCACCUGAAAUGCUUGAAAAUGACCACAACCCAGAUUCUGGAUGUUAUAAGAGAACUGAAGUACCUGAAUCACCUUGAUAUUUCAGAUGAUAAACAGUUCACAUCGGACAUAGCUCUUCGUUUACUGGAACAGAAAGACAUCUUGCCUAACCUUGUGUCUUUGGACAUUUCUGGAAGGAAACAUGUCACAGAUAAAGCUGUACAAGCAUUCAUUCUGCAGCGGCCCACCAUGCAGUUUGUAGGACUGCUAGCUACCGACGCCGGCUACUCAGAGUUCCUAACAGGAGAAGGAAACCUGAAGGUGUCAGGAGAAGCAAAUGAAACUCAGAUUUCAGAAGCACUGAAGCGUUACAGUGAACGGGCCUUCUUCGUGAGAGAAGCACUCUUUCAUUUAUUCAGCCUGACACAUGUAAUGGAAAAAACUAAGCCUGAAAUUUUAAAGCUGGUGGUGAUCGGCAUGAGGAACCACCCCCUGAACCUGCCCGUGCAGCUGGCGGCCAGCGCCUGCGUCUUCAACCUCACCAAGCAGGACCUGGCGGCCGGCAUGCCCGUGCGCCUCCUGGCAGACGUCACCCACCUGCUGCUCAAGGCCAUGGAGCACUUCCCAAACCACCAGCAGCUGCAAAAGAAUUGCCUUCUUUCACUAUGCAGUGACAGAAUCCUUCAGGAUGUCCCAUUUAACAGGUUUGAAGCAGCCAAACUUGUUAUGCAGUGGCUGUGUAAUCAUGAAGAUCAAAACAUGCAAAGGAUGGCUGUAGCCAUAAUUUCUAUUCUUGCUGCAAAGCUUUCAACAGAGCAAACAGCUCAACUCGGUGCAGAACUCUUCAUUGUUAGGCAACUUCUACAAAUAGUUAAACAGAAAACAAAUCAGAAUCUUGUAGAUACCACCCUCAAGUUCACAUUGAGUGCACUUUGGAACCUCACAGAUGAAUCUCCAACAACAUGUCGGCACUUUAUUGAAAACCAAGGGCUAGAACUUUUCAUGAGAGUCUUAGAGUCUUUUCCAUCUGAAUCAUCCAUCCAACAGAAAGUUCUUGGACUUCUGAAUAACAUAGCUGAAGUUAAAGAGCUCCAUUCUGAAUUAAUGUGGAAGGACUUCAUAGACCACAUCAGUAAAUUGUUGCACAGUGUGGAGGUGGAAGUCAGCUACUUUGCAGCAGGGAUUAUUGCUCAUCUGAUAUCUCGAGGAGAGCAGGCCUGGACAUUAAGUCGUAGCCAGAGGACAUCUCUCCUUGAACAGCUGCAUGCUGCCAUUUUGAAUUGGCCAACCCCAGAUUGUGAGAUGGUGGCUUACAGGUCUUUCAAUCCAUUUUUUCCACUACUUGGCUGUUUCAUGACACCUGGUGUCCAGUUAUGGGCAGUGUGGGCCAUGCAGCAUGUCUGCAGCAAAAAUCCCGCCAGAUACUGCAGCAUGUUAAUUGAAGAAGGUGGUUUGCAGCAUCUGUACAACAUCAAGGAAAAUGUUCACACUGAUCCCCACGUCCAAAGGAUUGCUGUUGCCAUCCUGGAUAGUUUAGAAAAACACAUUAUGCGCCAUGGGAGACCACCACCAUGUAGAAAACAGCAACAAACCAAACCAAACUGAAAGCUGCAGGUAGAGGAGUGUAAAGUAUUGUCUCUGUAAUAAUCCUCUCUGAUAUGUGUGUAGUUGGAGUAACUUAUAAUAUAUUGGUCACCAUUAAAGUGAUUUGCUGGUAACUGUGGUACCCAAACCAUGUGUGGUAACCUUGCUGAACGUCACCUUUAAUGGCAACCUCGUACACAACUUGUAAAGGGUCACAGCUUGAGCUGGUCAUGCCUGUAGGGUAAGUGCUGGCUACCAGGAGAUGGGACUUGUACAGAUCAAUAUGCACAGCUGGAAAGAAGACUUCAAGGAGUACCUUGUUUUGUGACUUCUGGGAGAAAAGGCUAUUCCAUCCUUGUGAUUGCUGUUCAUAACACUGUUCACCAGUUUGGUGUUUGAAUAGAACUGUGUGUGGUUGUGAGAUCAACACUUACAGACAAAAACAAAAGUCCAUGCAUGCAGGUGACAGAGAGACUUGUAACUAAGGCGACCAAAAUGUCCAUUGUCUCUUAACCCUUCUAGACACAAAUGUGAUCUUCAGCUUCCUCUUCCUUUUGCCAGCAAGCCAUGUUCUUUUGUUUUCCUGCUGGAUGAGGCCUUUCUACACUUUAUUUCUCCAGAGUCCUCCCUGUUCCUGUCAAGGUAGAGACCAGCAUCACAUUCAGGGAAAGGGGAAACCCACUGAAGUAAAGCAGUAGAAACAGAACUAAAAUGAGACAGUACUAAAAGGAUGUUUGAGAAUUUAAAUUUUAUAACAAAAUUGUGUGACUACUUUUGGUUGUGUGUGAUACCUUUCUUUUGUUUUUAGAAUAUUGAUGGGGAUAGGAGCAGGCUCAUUAGAGCAAAAUAACUGACAUGACUUCAUCAUGGAGGGAGUUGCAUGUAUUCAUAGAAGGCUGGGAUAUUUGGUCACCUUAUUUAUAAGAGACUUAUGAUUGCUCUCAUUUUCUGUAAAUAUUCU